UAUGUGAGAAAUAUAUUUGUAUGUAAACUCUGUGUAUCUGAAAUCUUGUGUCACUGCCUUGCUCUUUUUUGCCCCUUCAGGAGGACGGACGAGUCUGGCAGAGGAAGGAAGAGGAGCCCGGGAUGAGCAGAGGGAGGCCAGCCGAGGAACCCUGCCCGGUCCAGGGCGCAGCUCCCCCGGGAGAUGGCGGGGAAAGGCGUGGAGGAUGCGGGGCUGCGGAAGGGCCGCCCCCAAAGGAGGCAAUCUGGAGCCAAGAGGGAUCCCAUGAGAGGAGGGUGCCUAGAAACAGAGGUGGGAAGGAGGAAAAGGUCAAAAUACCCAGAGAAGCCAAGACGUACCUGGAGUGCGGAGAAUCCUUCAGAACACACGGAAGUCCCCAACGUCAUCAAAGAAUCCACUCAGGAGAGAAACCCUAUGAAUGGCCGGAGUGUGGAAAAAGCUUUACUGAGUGUGGAUUCCUCCGUCAACACCAAAUAAUUCACACUGGAGAAAAACCACAUAAAUGUCUGGAGUGUGGAAAGAGUUUCAGCCAUACGGGAAGCCUUUAUAUACAUCAAAAAAUCCAUUCAGGAGAAAAACCCUAUAAAUGCCUGGAGUGUGGAANAAGUUUCAGUCACAGGGGAAACCUUUAUACACAUCAAAGAAUUCAUUCAGGAGAGAGACCCUAUGAAUGCCUGGAGUGUGGGAAAAGCUUCACUGAGUGUGGAUCCCUCCGUCGACAUCAAAGAAUUCACACUGGAGAAAAACCACAUAAAUGUCUGGAGUGUGGAAAGUGUUUCAGUCGCAGGGGAACCCUUUAUAUACAUCAAAGAAUCCAUUCAGGAGAAAAACCCUAUAAAUGCCUGGAGUGUGGAAAUAGCUUCAGUCUGAAGGGAAGCCUUCAUAGACAUCAAAGGAUCCAUUCAGGAGAGAAACCAUAUAAUUGCUUGGAGUGUGGAAAGAGCUUCAGUCUGAAGGGAAGCCUUCAUACACAUCAAAGUAUCCAUUCAGGAGAGAGACCUUAUAUCUGCCUGGAGUGUGGAAAGAGUUUCAGUCUGAAGGAAAGUCUUGAUACACAUCAAACAAUCCAUUCAGGAGAGAAACCAUAUAAUUGUUUGGAGUGUGGAAAGAGUUUCCAUCACAGGAGAAACCUUUAUUCACAUCAAAGAAUCCAUUCAGGACACAAAUCAUAUAAAUGCUUGGAGUGUGGAAAGAGUUUCAAUCACAGGGGAAACUUUUAUACACACCAAAGAAUCCAUUCAGGAGAGAAACCUUAUAAAUGCCUGGAGUGUGGAAAGAGCUUCAGUCUGAAGGGACACCUUCAUAGACAUCAAAGAAUCCAUUCAGGAGAAAAACCCUAUAAAUGCUUGGAGUGUGGAAAGAGUUUCCAUCACAGGAGAAACCUUUAUGCACAUCAAAGAAUCCAUUCAGGAGAGAGACCUUAUAACUGCCUGGAGUGUGGAAAGAGUUUCAGUCUCAGGGGAAACCUUUAUACACAUCAAAGAAUACAUUCAGGAGAAAAACCCUAUAAAUGCCUGGCAUGUGGAAAGAGUUUCAGUCUGAAGGAAAGUCUUGAUACACAUCAAAGAAUACAUUCAGGAGAGAAACCAUAUAAUUGCUUGGAGUGUGGAAAGAAUUUCCGUCACAGGGGAAACCUUUUUUCACAUCAAAGAAUCCAUUCAGGAGAGAAACCGUAUAAAUGCCUGGAGUGUGGAAAGUGUUUCAGUCGCAGGGGAAGCCUUUAUAUACAUCAAAGGAUUCAUUCAGGAGAAAAACCCUAUAACUGCCUAGAGUGUGGAAAGAGUUUCAGUCAGAGGGGAAGCCUUUAUAGACAUCAAAGGAUCUAUUUAGGAGAAAAACCCUAUAAUUGCCUGGAGUGUGGAAAGAGUUUCAUUUGCAGGGGAAGUCUUUAUAUACAUCAAAGACUCCAUUGAGGAGAAAAACCCUAUAAAUGGUUUAUAUGGUUUCCCUGGAGUGGGGAAGGAGCUUCAGUGAGAGUGGAAGCCUUUAUUCACAUCAAAGGAUCUGUUCAGGAGGGAAACUUUAUAAACGGCUGGAGUGUGUAAAAGGUUUUACUAAUAGUGGACAUCUCAGUCAGCACCAUAGAAACCACACAGGAGAAAAAACAUACAAAUGUGUGGAAUGUGAAAAGGGCUUUUAUCACAACACGGAAAAAUGCACAGAGAAGAGAAGUUACAUAAAUGAAUGAGUUUGGAAAGAGAUUUAGAAUUAAUUAAAAUCUGAGGAAACAAAAACAAUUCUCACAGGAGAGAAAACAAAUGAAAGCGUGGAUUGUUGAAAAACCUUCAUUCCGAAGGGAAAAGGGUGAACAUGAAAGAAAUUAAUGAAAGAAUUAACACAGGAGAGAAAAGAUAAGAUGUUUGGAGUGGGAAAUGAGAUUCAGUGGGAGCUGUAGUUUUACUUUGUAUCAAAGAAUUAACAUGUAGGAAAAUAAUAACUGAAUUUCUACUUUGAA